UUCAUACCAGAUAAGUGUUACUGUAAAAUAUUAGAAAAGAGCAUCCAGUGAUACCAAGUGUGACUGUGAUAAUGCAAUAGUCCAUGUAGACAGAGAGCAGUGCAGGGAAGGUCACUGAGGGUGAGUUUGUCGAUGUCUUCUUGGAAGAGAUGAGGGUUGAAGUUCCACUGUUCAGUACCAGGUUUAAAAGUAGGCUUAUUUGUCAUUUUAGGGUGUGUCUAUUUGCAUGUAUUGCCAUUCCCUUUAAUCACUCAACUUUUUUCCUUCUAGAUUAUGGCUUUUCAGUUGUCCAGGAAAAGCAUAAAUCUAAUCUGAAGAGAAAAUUUGAAAACGUAUCUGAGGGAAUUCCACGGGCAGGGAAAUCGAUUCAUCUGAAUAGUGUGUUUAUAAACCUCGACAUAACAGAAGGUGACAUCGAAGGGGUAAUUGAUGAACAUGAGAUAUGUCAGAUUGAAAUUGCCCCCAUAAAGGAAACGUCUACAAUUUCUAUACAUGAUAUCUUAAAACCCUUAAAAGGUGAAAUGAAAACCAUCAGAACUGUGCUGACGAAGGGGAUUGCGGGAAUUGGAAAGACGGUUUCUGUGAACAAGUUCAUUCUUGACUGGGCAGAUGGCAAAGAGAAUCAAGACAUCGAUUUUGUUUUCCAAUUUAGUUUUCGUGAACUGAAUAUAAUGAAGCAAAAAUUCAGUCUAAUGAAACUUAUUUAUCAAUUCUACCCAGAAAUAGAGGAGCUACUAGGACUUGAAAACUACAACAUUUUGUUUAUCUUUGAUGGCUUUGAUGAGUGUCGAUUUCCUUUGAAAUUCAAGUAUAAUGAGUGCAAUUGCUCCUUAAAAAAGGAACUGCCUUUGGGUGAAUUGCUAACAAACCUCAUCCGGGGGAAUAUGUUUCGCUCUGCCUGCCUCUGGAUCACCUCCCGACCAGCAGCAGCCAGUCAGAUCCCCCCUGAAUGUGUCGACCGAAUAACAAUAAUACAAGGAUUCAAUGAUUUCCAGAAGGAAGAGUACUUCAGGAAGAGAUUCUCUGAUGGUAACCUAGUUACCAAAAUAAUGUCACAUGUCAAGUCAAACAGAAGCAUCUACAUUAUGUGCCACAUACCGCUUUGCUGUUGGAUUGUAGCCACUGUUCUUCAAAAGGUUUUUACUCAGAAAGAUAGAGAAAUUCCCACGACUUUGACACAAAUGUACACUCACUUCCUGCUCAUUCAAAUCAAUAGAAACAAUAAGUAUUUUGAAAAGAAUAAUCGAGGUUCAAGGACGACAGCAGAAGAUCAUCAGAAGAUCAUUCAGAAUCUAGGGAAACUAGCUUUUCAAGAGCUGGUUAAAGAGAAUGCCUUGUUUUCUGAGAAGGACUUGAAAGAUUGUGGUAUAGAUGUCCGUGACGUUUUAUACUCUGGAAUCUGCACAGAAAUAAUAAAAGAGGAAUGUUUUUCAGUUCAGAUGAAGAUGUACUGUUUUGUUCACCUCACCAUUCAAGAGUAUCUUGCUGCUCUUCAUGUGUUUUAUUUAUUUGUCAACAAGAACAUGAAGCCACUGGUAGAUUUUUUCAAGAUGAAGCCUAGAGUUUUACAUGGCUUGCACAAAGCUGCAGUGGAUACGGCCCUUAGGUGUGAAAAAGGACACCUGGAUCUUUUCCUUCGCUUCCUACUGGGAAUUUCACUGGACUCCAAUCAGCGUCUUCUUGAAAACCUUCUGCCUUUGAGAAAAGAAAGCUCACAUAGCAUUAUGAGAACAACCCAGUACAUCAUCAAAAUUCUGAAUGGGAGGAAGAUUUCUCCAGACAGAGGCAUCAACCUUGUGCACUGUUUGAUGGAGCUGAAUUACAGCUCUCUAGUGGAGAAAGUCCAAAACCUUGAAAGCUCUGGUUCAGCUACGAAGCUUUCUCUGACAGAGUGUUCAGCACUGGCAUACGUACUUAUGCUGCCACACAAUGUUUGUGAUGAGUUUGAUCUGAAGAAGUUUAACGUGCCAGAUGCGGGUCUUUGCCGACUUGCCCCUGUGAUAAGAUCAAGAAAAACUGCUGUGUAAGUAGUACAAGUUUAAUUGUUUAAAAAUCACCUAGUGACUCAUUAGUGAAGCAGUUCAAUAAUUUUUAUUAGACCCCAACUGAACCCUGACUGGCUUAUUAUUUUCAAGAAAUCAUCAUCACACAAACCCCUCCAUGAAUCACCAUCUUAUCGUGGUGGAGGGGUUUGUGU